AUGGCGACGGAGAAGAGUAAGAUUCUGGUGAUCGGAGUAACUGGUUACAUCGGGAAUUUCAUCGUCCAAGGGAGCGCGAAAACCGGCCACCAAACAUUCGCCCUCGUCAGAGAAGCCACUCUCUGUGAUCCGGUCAAGGGCAAAACCGUCCAGAACUUAAAAGAUCUCGGUGUCACGAUACUACAAGGAGAUGUGAACGAUCACGAGAGCUUAGUGAAGGCAAUCAAACAGGUCGAUGUGGUGAUAUCGGCUAUCGGAAGCAUGGAAAUCUUGGAUCAAACCAAGAUCAUUUCCGCCAUCAAAGAAGCUGGUAACGUCAAGAGAUUCUUGCCGUCUGAGUUUGGGGUGGACGUGGACAGAACAAGUGCGGUGGAGCCGGCGAAAUCGGCUUUUGAAAUGAAGAUUAAGAUAAGGAGGGCCGUGGAAGCAGCAGGAAUACCAUACACUUACGUUGUUAACAAUUGCUUUGCCGGUUACUUUUUGCCUACGUUAGUUCAGUUUGAGCCUGGUCUCACUUCUCCUCCUAGAGACAGAGUCACCAUUUUGGGCGAUGGGAAUGCCAAAGCUGUGAUUAACAAGGAGGAAGAUAUUGCUGCUUACACAAUCAAGACGGUGGAUGAUCCGAGGACCCUCAACAAAAUCCUUUACAUUAAACCUCUUAAGAACACUUUGUCGAUGAAUGAAAUGGUCACCUUGUGGGAGAACAAGAUCGGCAAGUCCCUUGAGAAGACUUACACCUCAGAGGAACAAGUCCUUAAAAGCAUUCAAGAGACUCCGGCUCCCUUCAAUAUUCUUCUGUCGCUAAACCACUCGGUGUUUGUGAAGGGAGAUCAGACAAAUUUCACUAUAGAGCCUUCGUUCGGUCUUGAAGCCUCUGAGCUUUACCCCGAUGUCAAGUACACGAGCAUCGAGGAGUAUCUCAGUGACUUCGUUUGA